ACGUCCUCAGUGAGCCAAAAGAGGUCCAACCAUGAAGCUUGUGGCAAUCACACUGGUGUGUUUGGCAGCGGUCGUGGUAACACACGCCGAUCCCGAACCACACAGAUACCACCCAUACUCAUACCACCACUACCCCAGCUACCACUAUUAUCGUCACAAUCAUCAUGUUAAGCCUUUGGAGAGCGAUGGAGUGGCCACACAUCCAGGUAGCGGCACCUCCUUCGUGGCUCCUCCUCAAGUUCACGGCCUCACCAAACGCUCAGCUGACCCUAUGCCGGAAUCUAACCCCGAACCAGCAGCUGCCCCUGAUUCCGCCAGUAGCUAUAGUUACCAGGUAGUCCACCAUGGCCACCCCCACUAUGGAUACAACCAUGGAUAUCGCUACCCUUACAAUAGCUAUCGCUACAACCACUACUAUGGUUAUCCUCAGAGAUACCACAGUCAUCACAAGAGAUCAGUCGAAUCUGAACCCGAACCUGAACUUCAUUACACCUAUCACGGACGCCCUCACUAUUACAACAGAUAUUAUCACGGUUACCCCCACUACUAUCCUUACUAUGCCGGUUACCGCUACCGCUACCGGGGAUAAGGGAGAGGUCAGGCAUGGAUUGCAGAAGGCCUAGUGGUGAUGGUCCUUUACCAGAUGUGUCUGAUAGUCUGGUUUGCUCACGCCGUUUUUUAGGCACAACCAGUACGGCUAUCACUGUUAAACAGGAAAUUGAUUA